CAGGGUAGUAAAAAAAAAAGUGGUUUCUAUAUUACACCUUUUUUUUAUAUAUAUAUUAUUUCUAUUUGACAUGGGAGAUAUUGCAGAACAAGAAAGACUCGAAAGACGUCGAGCUAAAAGACAACAAAAAAUCCUUGCUUCAGCUGCCAGUCGGUUAAACCUCAUUACAGGAACCCAAGCAGCGUUUAGAGAAACACCUACACCUACACCUUCUACAUCAAGCACAUUACCCAUAGAAACAAAAAAAAACUCAUUAGCCGAACAUUACCCUACUGCUUCUGAUCCCCGUCGACAAAAAUACGAACUCUCAAGCGUCACACCUACACCUUCUCUUUCAUCAGGUAAACAUCGUCCCGCUGUCCAAAAGGUCAUUGAACAGGAACAAGCGGAAGCUUUAAACGAGCAUGGAUUUUUGGGCGGUAAAAUUCCACAAUUGUUGUUAGCCAGUAUGUUACGUAAAACAAACCCUACGGCCGUUCAAUGUGGUCACCCUGCAAACAAGUAUUGGAAUUUACUUCAUUUUAUAAGUAUGAUAUGGUUGGGCAUUUUGGCUGUCUAUGAAGAGAUCUCGUAUCACGGUUGGAAGGGAGUGGCUCAAUUGAUCAAGGAUCCUACAUUAAAGGAACAUGGUGCGAUACAUUUUCCUGUAUUCUGGUACUUUGUCACACUAGAGAUUUUUUUACAUUUCGGUCGAUCACUUUAUCAACCAGAACAUAACAGCAUUCGAGAAGAGUCAACGUUUUCAAGCCUGGCAACACAAUUACCUGAAGGAAUUCAACCACCGGUAUUAUUCUUACAGAAAUAUGGCGUCCUUACCAACGAACUGUUUCGAGAUUUAUGCAUUGUGAUAUUUGUGAUAGGCU